CAAUGGGAUCGUGGCUUCAUGCCAACCCGGAUCUCCCGAAUCCAAAAUUGUUUCAUUAAGACUCAGCAUCAAAAGAGUCUGCCAGAAAGCAAGAGGGCCCCAAAUAAAGCCUAUCCCUUGCCAUUAACUCACUGAGUCAGAGAUGAAGAACCUGGAGGCUUCCAGUUGUUUUAGAACUACAGCUAACACAACUCAUGAUCAUUGGCCCAUAUUUUGGCAGAAGGGCAUUCUUCCCCACUCUGGCAGAAAGUACUUUAAUUCUACUGUUUUCUCUUAGCACCAGCCUUCUGGACUCAACAGGAAGUGAUAAUAUUAUUCUACCAUACAGGGGAGAUGGGCGUAAUACAGCAUUCUGCAAAUUGGGUUGUGUGGCCAGAAGCAUUCUCUCCUGAUGUUUCACCCACAUCUAUGGAAGGCAUCCUCAAAGGUUGUGAGGUAUAUUGGACACUAGGCAGGGGAGAGAAUGCUUCUGGAAAAUGGCCCAGAAAACACACAGCAAUCCAGUGAUUCCAGCCAUGAAAGCCUUUGACAACACUCUGCAAAUUACUUUGGACAUUUGGACUGAAAUGUGAUAAUAAUACCAUAUUUGGGAGACAAUGCAAAAUUCUAGCAAAUGACUGACGAUUCCCAUUCUCAUCCUCAAUAUUCCAUGAAACUCAGUGAAUGGCCACUAUCUCUCUCAGUCUGAUCAGGAUUAGUUUGAAAAGAAGAGAGGGGAAAAUGUCUGGUCUCCUUGGAGGUGAGGCAAGAUAUAAAAGUAAGUAAGUGAUAUAAUAGCACUAUUUGAAUAAAAUUAGUUAUGUACAGUCUUCCACAAUCCAUGUGUUUCUUAGAUUUUUCACAAAACCACAAUCAACUACAGCCAGCUCUCUACAUUCUCUGGGGUUGAGAACACCAGGUCCUCUGCAAAUGUGAAAGACUGUGAAUAAAAAUGUUCUAUUAUUUUACAUGAGAAAACACCUCUCUGGAGAUCUCUAGGUUUUCCAGUAUGACUCAGUGGUCAAUCCUGAAAGUUCACCAUCAAAGGUGACUAUAGAAUCACACCGGAGGAACUUGAGGUUACUACAGAGAACAUUUUAAUCAGUGGAUAAUCAAAUCUGCAAAAGUGAAAACCGCAAAUGUGGAGCGGAGGGCUAACAGUACUGUGUAUUAUCUCCCUAUAUUCUCUCUUCCUACUCUGGCAUCCAUCCUAUUCUCACAAAAAGCAUAGUAACCCAGCAUUCCUCUCAGGGACCUUCUACACAGCCAUAUAACCCAAAAUAUCAAGGCAGAAAAUCCCACAGUAUCUGCUUUGCACUGGAUUAUCUGAGACCACACUGCCGUAUAUUCCAGUCCAAAGCAGAUAAUGUGGGAAUUUAUUCAGCUGUGUGGAAGGGGCCUCCAUACUCAAGGCUAGCACAUCAUAUUUGCUGGUUUUGUGGAUUUUCUUGUCCAUGUAGAUACAUUCUUUAUGUCACAUCAGACGUAGGGACGUUAAAGAUUUAAAUCUGACAUUCCUCUCAUCUCUUCCUCAAUCUGUAAAAUCUCUGUCACAUUUUAACAGUAUGAAUGGCAAGUAUGUAACCCUCCAUAUAUUGCUGGACAUCAAUUCCCAUCAGCCUUAACCAGUACAACCAAUAGUAAGAGUGCACACAGAACUGCAGUCCACCAAUAUUGGAGGGUCCCAGAUUUCUCACUCUUAUGUUAACAGUUUCACCUCUCAAUGCAGCAUAAAAAUAAUUGUAUGCAAACAAAAUGAUUAAAUCACAUGAACAUGUCUACCUUUUUAAACUCAGUACCAUACUCAGUUAUUUUUCACAUCUCGGCAAAGCAGCUUGGGGAUGGAACCCUAUCGUUCUUUUCCUCACUUCCUAUCUAUUUAAACAGCUGAGACAAAUACAUUUUAAAUACAGGGUCAAGAAUUGCUCAAUGUACUUCAAUAUUCUGUCUAAGCAAAAUGAAUAUAAGAUACAAAGUGUUUAAAAGAACAUCCUUAAGAUGAGUAAACCAGGACCUCCUGAGAUUUAAUUUCAAUUGUUUGAUGUUUCAAUCUUUUGCUCUGCAAACAUUCCAGUCAAAGGAACCUCUCCAUCAAGGGUUUGACUUUCCUGGAAUUAGUCACACUAUUCUUUGUCCCCCUCCUAGUCUCUGCCUUUGCCAUCUGCUCCACACCUGUCUCUUUUGGGGGGCAGUGCACCUUCCCUCUCCCCCGCCACCUUCGGCUCAGGGUGUGACCCAAGCUACGUGUGCACACACAAACCCUUGCCCUCAGGGGACUCAUAGGAGCGUGGAGCAGAGGGUGCCGAGCUUGUCAGGACUGGCCCCGUCCAGCUCCACCCCUUCAUAGCACGAUCCAAAAAUCCAAGAACGGAUGCUGCGGUUGUGGGUGGUGCAAGAAAACUAAACAUUUUCAGAAGAACAAUCCAUCCGGGGUCCCUUUCAUUCUCCAAGUGGAACUUUUAGAGCUCACCUCGCAUCUAGGAACUGGAAGAGAUUCUCAGCUUUCCACAGGCUGAGCCCAUGAGCUGCAGCCCUUAAAAUCUUUGUGUCACCUUGGUUGAUCCUUUCCCAGCAUCAAAACUGCCACCAGCAAUUCUCUUGGUGGUCCCCUGCACCUCCCAGCUACUCUUACAACGAUGGCUUUGGCUGAUUUUCACUACACGACAGGCAUCAGCAGUGGAUUCAAGGUCUACAUCUUGGAAGGUCAACCCUCCUAUGAAAAUGAGCAGAGGUUCCGCCGGCUGCCAGCCCAUCGACUGCCAGUCUAUCCAAUCAAACGCAAACUUGCUGUGGAUGGGAGAAGAAGCCCGGACCUAACUUUGGAAAGGCAGAAGCUGUUGAAACUCAGAAGGUCGACAUGUGUGACUACAGCCAUCUCUCUGGAACAGACGACCUCACCACCGACUGCACAGGCCUCAGUAGGUGCAAUUGGUUCGUCCUGUGUGAGUACGUCCCACGCUGAGCCUUGCCCAGAUUCCCAAGCGCUUCACCCAUGCUGUCCACAGAAAUGCCCUCUGAGGAAACCUCUGCUGGAUUCGGCACUCACAGUGUCCCAGCUGCAGCAGAUGCGUCCUUCUGUCAUCACUUGUGCUCCUCGUCGGAGCUGCUCAGAAGCUCCUACAAGCACCAGCCCCUCACAGAUCUCCUCCCUUGAGCACUGCAGCAGCGUGAUCCCUGGCAGCUCCUCCUCCCCACAGAAGCGCCAUCACUCUUGGACCACCAGCUUGGUGGGGCCUUCAGCACGACUGAACAGAGAAGUAUCACCAAAGCAAAGAGCUGAAGACAAGGCAGACAAGAGUCUCUCCCCCAGUCCUUGAUGUGUCUUAACUCAGGAGAGCCCCACUACAAUCGUCUUGUAUAUAUAGUUCAACCUACAAAAUUCCUUUUUAGAUCUGAUGGACUACAGCCCUCAUCAUCCUCAUGAUGGAAAUUAUAGUCCACACAUACACUCUACAUUGGAGAACUCUAUUGUAACCUAUCCUCCAGGGUGGGGCCCAAAGAUCUCAAAUACUAAAUCUCACCCUUUCCUCUUUUCGCUCUUAGUACUUGUUUCCUGUCCCCACUGACCCCUUAAUGCCCUCCUUCCAAAGACCCACUGUGUCUCCUUGGUUCUUUUGCCAUCCUGUAAGUGGGAACCGUAUUGUUAAACUGGAAAUCUAUUGACACAAAGCUGCUUCAGUUCCAAUGGGACUUCACUCCGUAGAUAAUGUGUGGUGAUCACUCCUCAUAACCUCCCUUGUGAGGUCAAGGUCUUCCAAGGAAGAAUAUCUCCAGCUCAGCCUCUUAUUCCAACAGUGUCCAAGCUGACUCUUUAGUACAGCAAACUAGGCCGUUGGAACACUGCUCUACAGGACCCGCCUUCUCCUGAUGCAUGGCCACCUCAAAAUAAGAUGAGAUUGCUUCUUUGAAGUUACGACUGAUACCUAGAGCAGAUUUACAGCCAAAAGUGACAUGGAAGCCAACAGUUUUCUCCUGGCAGGAUGGACAUUUUUCCUCCAACAGUCUUGUUUCAACCGGAUGUUCUCUAAGGCCAUUAUGUUUGUGAUUUCUGGACCAUGUUUGUCCUCCUUGCACAAGCCUCAUUCACUCUAAUAGUAAACUCAGCUGGUGAAUACAAAAAAGACUGGAGUCUAAAGGGGGGAUAGAGAAACAAGAGGGAAGGUAUCAGUAUGCUCCAGAAAACCCCAAGAUUUACAGAAAUAGAACAAAAUCUAUACUCCAAAGCAUAUGAAGGGCCAAAGAGUCCCUCUCACAAGAGAAGGUAGUGGUAUUUAGAAAUGUAAAACCAAAGAGGAAUUAAUUAGGGUAUUCUGAAUUGGGGCAUGGGGUUCACUCCACAUUGCAAUAUUUUGUUGCGUGUCCCAUUUGUUGACUCAGUACAAAGAAGCAUUGACGAUACUCUCAUCUCCAAAUAGAGUCCAAAAUUACAAGCAACAAGUUGUUGCCAAAAAGAAAACACCAAAGUUAACAUCAAUCCAAAUCUAAGUCUUGCCAAACAAGGGUUCUGCAACAUGGUCAAUUGCAACAUUCACACUUGCCUACAACAUACAAGAGUUCUCUCUCCCACCCUAGACAUCAUUUACCCCACUUGCCUAGUUUCCAACAGACCUCACAACCUCUGAGGAUGCCUGCCACAGAUGUGGGUGAAACAUCAGGAGAAAAUGCUUCUGGAACAUGGCCAUACAGCACGAAAAACUCACAGUAACCCACAUGCAAAGAAAGUCGUACAAUCUUGCCUAUGAUGAUGAUGAUGAUGAUAUCCAUAUAAUUAUUUUAAUUUCAUGUUCUUGUAUUUGAGAAAUGAAGAUUUUCAUUUCUAGUAAGCAUGCAACAACCCAGUGGUUUUGUUGGCCGAUGCUGCUCUGCAGUGAGAUUUUAAAAAAUAAAAUAAAGCAGGCUCCCACUGAAUAUAAAAAUAUGGCAAAGGCUGCUUGCUAUUGAAAUGGAGAAAUGAAAGGCAACAGAACUGAAAGGACAACUGAGACACUUCCUAAUAUUUAGUCCCUUGCAGAAGAAGCAUGAAGAGAUUUCCAAGAAAAUACAAGAAAGGGGAAAUUGUUACCAUGUCCUAAGCAUGCAAGGGCCAGAACCUCUGCAACAGGAAAAGGUGGAGGAAGAACAUGGGGUCCCAGGGGAUCAAGACAGAGUUUUGAGUCCUUCUGUACUAUAGGAUUUAUUCUGGAAGGGGAGCUUUUUCUGUACACACAUUUUCUGUUUGUAAUUCACAAGUGCCAAUAAAGUAGCAUCAUACUGUG